UUCUACAAUUAGCGGACAAUAUCCAUUGCCACCAUGGCCACGGCGACGUCGGAGAGAAUGAUCCCAUCGAUGGACACUUUGGUGAAAUACGACAACCCCGUAGCAGUGACCACACGACCCGAAAAAGCAAAAGAACAGGGCCCGAGCAAAGCCGGUCCUUCGGCGUGCAAGCUCCAAAGCACGGCUGUUUCUCCAGACGUGCGCAAGGAAACCAUGGAAGUGCUUAAUGCCAUAUUACCCUCCCAAGAGUGGGAGGACGAAGGGCAGAUUUGGAAACAACAGGUCUCGAGUACACCGGCAACGCGAAUCGACGUGAUAAAUCUGCAGGAGCAACUGGACAUGAAACUGCAAGCUCGACAGGCCCGGGAAACCGGUAUCUGUCCCGUACGAAGGGAACUGUACACGCAGUGUUUCGACGAGAUCAUAAGACAAGUGACGAUUAACUGUGCCGAGCGAGGCUCGCUUUUGCUAAGGGUAAGGGACGAGAUUCAGAUGACCAUGACGGCUUACCAAACGCUUUAUCAGAGCAGCAUAGCUUUUGGGAUGCGCAAGGCUUUGCAGGCCGAGCAAGGUAAGGAGGACUUGAUAAACACCGCCGAAGAGCUGAAGUUGCAAAAAGCAGAACUGGAAAAGACAGUGGCCGAGCUUAGGCAGAGGUUCGAUCAGACCGAGCGAAGGGCUACAGAGUUACGAGAAGCCGAGGAGAAAAAAUACACGGAGGAGAUACAAUUUUUGAAAAAGACGAAUCAGCAGUUGAAAACCCAGCUUGAAGGAAUCAUCGCGCCAAAGAAAUAG